GUGUUCAAAAUUAAUAAUGAAAUCAUUAGAAAUGAUUUUAAAAAGUUAAAUAUUAGGGUGUAAUAAUAAAGAGUGAAAAAAGAGAAUUCACUUAUAGAUCUACACAUAUGGAAUUAAAUAAAAAAUAAAAAAUGAUGAUGGUAGUGGUGAAGAAGGAAAGGAAAAGGAAAGGAGAGAUGGCAGUAACCUCUUGCUGUGGUUGGUUGGUAAAUGAGAAAAAAAAUGAUAUUAUUAACACCUAAUUAUGUUUAGUACAGAAAAUAAAAUGAUUUAUUUUAUUGAAUUUUUCUGUAUAUCUUUUUACAUUAAAAAAAAAAAAGAAAAAAAAAGAAAAAAAAAAAAAAGAGUUUUCUUGAUAAAUAAAACCCAUUAGUUUUAAAACGCCGGUUGGACCGGUAAUGGACCUUUCGGGACCGUCCUACUCUAGAUGAAACGCUGGUUCUUGACGGUGCGCGACUUUGUUCCUCAGUUUCUCUCUUCAAUCUUCCCUCUCUAGGGUUUAAUCAGUGUCCAUGAAAUGGAAUCAAAUCUCUCAAAAGGCAAUGUUGUUCACACUUCUACAGCCACUUCUGGAAGACCCACUUCCCCUUUCAGCAUAUGCACCCAUUUUCCAGUUCUUGACUGGCCACAACUUCCUCAAACAAGGCCAACAACUCCAUGCCCACAUGAUCUCCCGAGGCCUCCGGCCCAACGCUGCCGUUGGCGCGAAAAUGGUGGCAAUGUAUGCUAGUUCAGGUGAUAUAGACUCAGCUAUAGUCCUAUUUGAUCGUAUUACUCACCCAUCUUCUCUUUUGUAUAAUGCGAUGAUUCGAGCAUAUACACGAUAUGGGUAUUAUGAGAAAACGAUUGGAACCUACUCCCAAAUGCAUAUGCUAGGUCUCAGUGCUGAUAAUUUUACGUUCCCUUUUGUGCUAAAGUCCUGUGCGGAUUUAUCGUAUGUUAAUUUGGGAAGAUGCGUUCAUGGGCAGAGUUUGAAAGCUGGGUUUGAGUUUGAUUUGUAUGUGGGGACUUCUUUGAUCGAUAUGUAUGCGAAAUGUGGUGAAUUGGAUUAUGCUCGUUCGUUGUUUGAUGAAAUGCCCGUCAGAGAUGUUUCGUCUUGGAAUGUGUUGAUUGGUGGGUACAUGAAAGAGGGCAUUAUUCAUGUUGCUGAGGAUUUGUUUGGGAAGAUGUCGAAUAGGAAUAUUGUGUCUUGGACUGCAAUGAUAUCGGGGUAUGCUCAGAACGGGUAUGCGGCACAAGCACUGGAUUUGUUUGAUGAGAUGUUGCAGGAGGGCUCGGAGGUAAAGCCCAAUUGGGUAACUGUUAUGAGUGUCCUCCCUGCAUGUGCACAUUCAGCUGCUCUUGAGCACGGGAAACGGAUUCAUAAUUUUGCAAGUGAAGUUGGUUUAGACUCUAAUUACUCUGUGCAGGCUGCACUUGUUGCAAUGUAUGCUAAAUGCGGAAGUCUUGUUGAUGCCCGGUGCUGUUUUGACCGGAUACAUCCGAAUGGGAGGAAUUUGGUUGCUUGGAACACUAUGAUUGCUGCAUAUGCUUCUCAUGGCUGUGGCAUGGAAGCUGUGUCAACUUUUGAGGAUAUGAUGAGAGCUGGUGUCCUGCCUGAUGCUAUCACAUUUACGGGCUUGUUAUCAGGAUGUGCCCAUUCUGGUCUUGUUGAUGUCGGCCUAAGAUACUUCAACUGUAUGAAUACAGUGUACUUUGUGCAACCAAAACACGAACAAUAUGCUUGUGUUGUGGACCUUCUUGGCCGUGCUGGGCGAUUGGUAGAAGCAAUGGAGCUUAUUUAUCAAAUGCCAAUGACAGCUGGACCAAGCAUUUGGGGUUCGUUGUUGUCUGCUUCUCGGAAACACCGGAAUUUAGAGAUUGCAGAGACAGCAGCUAGAAAGCUGUUUGUCUUAGAACCAGAUAAUAGUGGAAAUUAUAUUCUGCUUUCAAAUAUGUACGCAGAAAGGAGGAUGUGGAAGGAAGUAGACAAUUUGAGAGCCAUGCUAAAAUCUCAGGGUGUGAAGAAGAGUCCAGGAUGCAGUUGGAUUGAGAUCAAUGGGAAGGCUCAUCUAUUUUUUGGAGGAGAUACAUCACACCCACAGGCAAAGGAAAUUUACAUAUUGUUGGAGGCAUUGCCUGAGAAAAUUAAAGCAGCUGGUUAUGUACCAGAUACUAGUCUUGUGUUGCAUGAUGUGAGUGAAGAGGAGAAAGAGUAUAACCUAACAACUCACAGUGAGAAGUUGGCCAUUGCUUUUGGGCUUCUUAACACAAGCCCUGGUACUGUUCUCCGUGUGACUAAAAACCUUCGAAUAUGCGGAGACUGUCACACGGCCACCAAGUUCAUUUCGAAAAUGUAUGGACGGGAGAUCAUUGUGAGAGAUGUGAAUCGGUUCCAUCAUUUUAAAGAUGGGUUUUGUUCCUGCGGUGAUUAUUGGUGAAUUAGAAGACGUUAAUGCUGUUCUGAAGAGUUGUUGAUUAAGAUUGAAAUGAGGCUUUAAGUCCCCAUAUGCACCAUAAUUGGUGCACAAUUUGAGAACUCUUCAGAAAUAUCAAGGCAAGUAGGGUGCAGUUGGGUUGUGUUCGAAUUCCAGUUGUUUCUUCAAAGAGGGGUUGGAAUUUAAAUGUUAGUCUUUUACCGAAGUAGCUAUUUAGAUACAAGAUAUAAGCAUAUGGUUACAAUGAAGAGGCUUUUACAUGGGCAGCUUUUUAGAUACAAUAUAUAAGAAUGGUUUCAACGAAGUGUAUAAUAUCAUUACUGAAGUUUGAUACUGGCCAUUGCUUUGGCUUCUUAACAGGAACACUGGAAUUUAUCAUUUACAAUCUCCCAUGGCCUUCACUCGUUUGAAGGCACAAAAGUUCUUUUUACACUAUUUUGGAAACCCAAGGACUCAAUCGUAUGGAUAUGUGAAAUACAGGAUUUCAAAUUCUAGCAGGAAAAUGCAUCCUCCCUCCUUGAUCGAUGCUAAGAUCCCGACAGCUCACCUACGUUUGGUUGAAGGAAAGGAAGGAGAAGUGAUGGAGUAAAGAUGGAAGGAGGGGUGAAGUAUCUCCAGGUCCACCAUUUUGCUUUCAUUCAAAAGUGGAAGGAAGGGGAGAGAGAGAAAUGAGUAUUUCUUGGACAAAAAACUUUUCAAAGGGAGGUCAUGGUUCGAGCUUCUGUGAAGGUAGGCAGCCUGAGUGAAUUACUUUACCUUCCAGAGAGAUAUAUAUAUAUAUAUAUCCUCUUUCUUUUCCACUCAACUAAACAAAAAGGAGGGAUGGGCACUCUCUUUUCUUGAAAUGCUUCUUCCAUCUCUCUUCUUAUUCCUUCUAUUCAUUUUUUUUUCAUUCCUCCUACCAAAACAAUUUACAAACUUCAAAGCUUGAAUAAAAAGUCGUCUCUCUUUAUCGGA